AUUAAAUCACUGGAUGGUGUCAAUGUCACUGUAGGCCGAUUGAUAUCUCUACAAUCAUGAUUUAAAUCAUUUGGUGUCGUACGUGGUAAACAUUUGAAUUUGUUAAUAGAAGAACACAACCUUAUUGAACAUCGACUUUAACACCAAGUUAUAAAUUAUUUCCGACGGCAGCUGAAGGGAGGCCUUCAGACCUUUAAGGAGGUGACUGGUUCGGGUGCGUCUCACGGGGACGGUUGAAGGGAAUGCUGGCUGAAUGGAACAAAGUAUCCAGCUCCACUGGGAUCUGGUAGUUCAAGGAGCAUCUGCAGCAGAGACUGCACCACUGGUGUUCCUCUGGUUUGGAAUUGACCCUCUCAACCAGACUCACUCUAUCAUUCCUUUUCAGCUCCAGUCACUUCACGUUAUGGAAACAAAGGCGAGUACUCCAUCACUGCACGGCACUGCACCGGUACAAUAAUGUACAAACUCCAGCUGAAGACUUUAGACACUGUGAAAGGAAGGCGCAGACAUUUCACUCAAGUUGUUUUGAUGGGAAGCGUGACUCCAACAGAAUUCCUCACCUCCCUUUUUUUUUCUGGAGAUGACUAAACUCAAUUAGUCUCCCAGAGCUGAGAGUUGUUGAAAGUGAAGGACGGUGCCUGUUUAUGUUUAGCAUUUAUCAGACGCCUGGCAGCUAAUGAGCGAAAUCAUUAUUCACUUUUCUUUCUUUAAGGUUUUUUUCUCUCCUCACGCUUUAAAAGUGUCAGCCACAAGUAUGUGCCGGCUGCACACAUGGAAUGAACAUGUGGAAGAACAGCUGUGCUGUUUAACAUUGGCUGGAAUGUGUGGACUGCAAGUUCUGGUUAAGGUUUUAUCACUUGAUUAACUCUUAGUUUUUCCUUUUAGUGAAUUCCUCAGCAAACACAGAGGAAUUGAAAGUUCAUGCCCAGUAGCUUUUAUCAUUGUGGCUCAAUAUAUGAUUUAAAUUUAGCACAAUUUAAAUGCUUCAAGUUGAACAAUAAGGAACCUGAACACAGCUACACUAUAAGAUUCCACAGGAAAAGGCCAAGCUAUAAAUGACCACAAUAAAAUAUGAUGGCAGUAAUGAUGCUUUAUGUGUGUUCCCCCUGAGCCUGCGACUUGACGGUACUUAGUGAUAUGGAUAUGUUGAGCAUCGCAGCGGGCCUUCCCUGACCUUAGCCUGCAGAUUGAACGUCAGUGUGACAAAUGGGCAACAUCUGCAGCUAACAAGGGACAGGUUGUUUAAACCUGCGUUUGUAUGAGAUACAGCAGCAACCCACAUGGCGUGAGCGGUGAACCCCGAGAAUGGAUGUCAUGCGACUAAAAGAUCAACCUCAAAAAACACAACCACGUCUUUUACGUUCACUCCCUGUAACACACAAUAAGCCAUGAUCCCCUGUGAUUAGUCCACUGUCAGACGUUACACCUGUCUGCUGUUUGUCACCGGUUACAACUCGCCACAUUCAUUACCUUAAUUUAGUGCUGUGCCUCUGUUGUGGAGGAGAUAAAGGAUCCACCUCAUUUUUAAUUAUUUUUUAUCCUCUGCUGUCACCCACCUUUUUCCAUUCUUCUUCCCUGCCAGUGACAAGCGUGCAAUUGGACCUGCGUGGCUCUGGCGGGUCAUCCUGACACUUUAAUUGAAGAGCUGUAAAUCAGGCUCCAUUGUCAAAGAGAGGGGGAGAACAUGUAAAUAUGCUGGUCAAAGGAAGGACGCGUCAGCAGGAAUGGCUGAUGUUCUCUGAUUAGAUGGUCAAGCCUGUCCUGUGAGCACUUAUGGAAUAGCAGCAUUUUUCCCUCUGGUGUCACCGGUGGAGACUGGAAACAGGUUUUAAGGAAAUAAGCAAGUCCCAGGACUGGUUUGCUACAGUACCCGGGUUCACCAACUGGGACCAGCACUGGGGAAGCUCCUCAAAGCAGCUGUGAGACCAGCGUGUCCGUGCCAGAGCCAACCCUGCCGGAUCAGCUGUCUCCCUGAAGAGAAGGCGUGGACAUUCAGGACUUUCUCAAACUUGGUGGUGUCUCCACCGAACCCCGACGCAAGGCUGAGCCUCAGGACGGAGCGGAAGCUGCAGAGACGCCUCAGCUGAUGGAGGCUCCGGUGGAGGGAGGACUGUAGACUGGUGUUGGUUCCUCCCGAGCCGUGCAGCCAUGGAGCCACCUCCGGCGCUGGCUGUUGUGCUUUCCCUCCUGACCGUCUCGCUCUUCUCCGCUGGGGUCUGUAGCCUCCCGCAGCCUCUGCCCAGAGUCUUCCUCUCCUUCGAAGACCUGCAGGCCUCGCAGUCCUUUGAACACUACAGCAUAUCAGACAAGGCCAUGGACUACAGACUCCUGCACAUGGAUGAGGACCAGGACAGGAUGUAUGUGGGUUGCAAGGACCACGUGCUCUCGAUGGACAUUAAUAAUAUCACCUACGGAACGCUUAAGGCGUUCUGGCCUGCAUCUACCAGCAAGAUAGAGGAAUGCCAAAUGGCAGGCAAGGACCCUACGCACGGCUGUGGGAACUUCGUCCGAGUGGUGCAGCCUUACAACAGAACUCACCUGUUCAUGUGUGGAAGCGGCGCCUACAGUCCUGUCUGCGUUUACGUCAACAGGGGCCGCAGACCAGAGGAGCAGAUUUUUCACAUCGACUCGAAGACGGAAUCUGGAAAAGGGAGAUGCUCCUUCAACCCUGAAGUGAACACAGUCUCCGUCAUGCUCAACCAGGAGCUCUUCUCGGGCGUCCACAUUGACUUCAUGGGGACAGAUGCUGCCAUCUUCAGGAGCCUGACCAAGAGAAAUGCAGUGCGGACAGACCAGCACAACUCUAAAUGGCUGAGUGAGCCAAUAUUCAUCGAUGCCCACCUGAUCCCAGAUGGAACAGACCCCAAUGAUGCCAAGUUGUAUUUUUUCUUCCGUGAGAGGUUGACGGAUAACAGUGGUAACACUAAGAACAUCCACACCAUGGUGGCCAGAGUGUGUCCAAACGACAUUGGGGGACAGCGGAGCCUGGUGAACAAGUGGACCACCUUCCUCAAAGCCAGGAUGGUGUGCUCAGUCGUGGAGGAGGACGGAACUGAAACGCACUUUGAUGAACUUGAAAGCAUGUUUUUGCUGGAGACUGAUCAACCCAAGGGCUUGUUGGUGUUUGGAGUCUUCACGUCCACAAGCUCCGUGUUCAAGGGCUCGGCCGUGUGCGCGUACAACAUGGCAGACAUCCUCACCGUCUUCAACGGGCCCUUCGCUCACAGAGAGGGGCCCAGCUUUCAGUGGGUGGCGUUCCAGGGACGCAUUCCUUACCCUCGGCCAGGAACUUGUCCCGGCGGAGCCUUCACACCCGACAUCCACACAACUAAGGAGUUCCCAGAUGAUGUGGUGACCUUCGUAAGAAACCAUCCGGUCAUGUUCAACGCCAUCUACCCAGUGGGGAGGAGGCCCCUGGUGGUCCGAACCAACGCAGACUACAAAUACACGUCCGUGGCCGUGGACCAGGUCAUGGCUGCUGACGGCAACUACCAGGUGCUCUUCCUGGGCACAGACAAAGGCACAAUACAGAAGGUGAUUGUCCUGCCAAGCAAUCGCUCCCUGCACGAAGACCUGAUCCUGGAGGAGCUGGAAGUGUUUAAGAACCAAGCUCCUGUUACAAACCUGAAAAUAUCAUCAAAAAAACAACAGCUGUACGUCAGCUCGGAGUUCGGGGUCUCUCAGGUCUCCCUGCACCGCUGUCACGCGUACGGCUCAGCCUGCGCCGACUGCUGCCUGGCCAGAGACCCCUACUGCGCCUGGGACGGACUCAGCUGCUCACGCUUCUAUCCCACCGGCAAAAGGAGAAGCAGGAGACAGGACAUUAUCCACGGGAAUCCACUGACUCAGUGCAGAGGGUUCAAUCUGAAAGCCUACAGAAAUGCAGCGGAGAUGACACAGUAUGGGGUGAAGAACAAUACCACCUUCCUGGAGUGUCUUCCCAAAUCCCCCCAGGCCUCCAUCCGCUGGCUCAUUCAGAGAGACAACGACAGGAGGAAGGAGGUGAGGCUGAGCGAGCGCGUGCUCUCCACGGAGCACGGCCUCCUCAUCCGCUCCGUGCAGCCGUCCGACCAGGGCCUCUACUACUGCCUGACCACGGAGAACGGCUUCAAGCGCACCGUGGCCAAGAUCCGCCUGAGCGUGCUGAGCGAGGCCAUGGUGGGCGUGCUGGCCGACAAGCAGCAGUCGCCGUGGGCCUGGGCCGGCUCGCUGCACCCUAAGGCCCUGCUGGAGGCCUUCAGCCCCGCCGAGAGCAUGGCCGUGCAGCAGUACUGCAAGGAGCGGAAGGAGCUGGUGAAGCUGCAGCAGAGGCAGCUGCAGCAGCCGCCGCCUCAGCCGCCGGGGCCUCUCCGGGGAGACCUGGCCAAGCUGAAGCCCUUACUGGACCGGAGGAAGAGCCGCAACCGCCGCAACCACCUCCCAGAGGUCUGAGGGGGGCGGAGGCUGCCCAAACGGAUACGCACACGUUUUCCACAUCCUCGUGUCCCAUCUCUCACCUCACACCACAGAGCUGAACUGUGCCUGGACAGUCGGACGAGGACGCGGCUGUGAGGAGUUCUAUCCAUCAUUUGCAUGAGGCGCUGCGACCAGAUGGCUGAGCCCCGCUCUUCCCCACAAGUCAUUAGGUUGCUGUCGCUGUCACGACACAAACUCAAGAAGCUCCUGUAAAGAGCGCCACUUAUUCGUCAUCAGUUAAUAAACAUAAAACAUCAUGGGAGGAAUCAGACCAGCCGGAUAUUAUCUCACAGUUUGUUCAGGGGGAUUUGAAGUUGUGACGAUGGACGGUGAUUGAAAAGGGAAGAAGGGGACACAUGCAUGUUUGUCAAUGAGCGUCCUUGGUAUUAUUGUAGUCUUUUAUCAGAGUAUAUUCACUUUGAACUAACGGAAUCCUCUAUUCUAAUAUGAAAUCCCAUCUGAUAAAAAAACGAGCAACAGGUUGUUGCAGGUUAAAACCCAGUCGCCUCCCGUCCUGAUGUUGAUCUCUCCCAUAUUUAUUCCUGUUCUUUUUGCGGAUGAAAGAUCAAUGCACCACAUGUGUACAAUAACAUCGGGUAGUUUAGCUUAGCUUAGCACGUGUUGCUCAUUAGUGAGUCUGUUAUGUCAUAAAAAAGCAGCAUUGCACAUUUUUACUAUUUAUUGUCAUCACACAACCCUUAACCAGCUCCAGACUGAGCGCUGUGCUCACUGUGCAGACAAGUUACUUGUUCCAACUGCGUAGAUCUGAUGCGUUGGUUCAGUGUGUUGGUGGGAACGAUGGCGUCCACGUCCUCAUGUGUGACCUGUCUGCGAUGAAGGUCUGAGCCCAUAUGUGAACAGUUUUUCAUGUAGAUACGUCAUCUGCUGCUUGUUUACUGAACGCUUUGUUUGUCUCAUCCGUUUAAGUUAAUGUGCCAACUUGUGUGGAAAGCGUUUCCAUUGUGUAUGUAAAUAUUUCACCAGCUGAACGACGGCUGUGUCUGCGAAUCGCAGAGACGCGCAGCAUUUUCAUCUCGCACUGUUAAUAGAUCUGGCCAAUGACAGGGCCACCUGUGUCAUAUUAGGCUUAGAAGGUGUUUUUUCUAUUUAUUAACAUCAUCAUGGCCUGAAUAAAACUGUUCAGAUAAAUCUA